AUGCGUCCCCUCUCGCUGAAAAGUAGUACCAGUGGCGAUAGAGUCAUACCCUCGGAUGCCUUGGAACCUAUCGCGAUAGUUGGCAUAGCUACUCACUUUCCGCAGCAAGCAACGACCACUGAGAGUCUGUGGGAGCUUCUACUACAGACCCGCUCGACGUGGUCGUCAAUACCCAAAGAACGCUUCAACUCUGAUGCCUUCUAUCAUCCAGAUCCCGAGCAUGGUGGAACAUUUCAUGUCAAAGGAGGUCACUACCUCGCAGAAGACCCUGCCUGCUUCGAUGGCUCCUUCUUCAAUGUCACCAAGAAUGAGCUCUUGACAUUGGAUCCGCAGCAGCGGCUGGUACUGGAAAACGUCUACCAUGCCUUGGAAAAUGCAGGAAUUCCAUUGACCAGUGCUGUUGGCUCCAACACAUCGGUUUUUGUCAGUGGGUUCAAUCAUGACUAUCUUGGCAUCCUCAACUCAGACCCAGAGACCACUUUAAAAUACAAGCCCACCGGUGUUACAAAUGCCAUACUGUCUAACCGGGUCAGCUGGUUCUUUGACUUCAAAGGACCUAGCAUGACCAUCGACACGGCCUGUUCUAGCAGCUUGGUGGCGCUGCAUCUUGCUGUACAGAGCUUGCGUGCCAGAGAGACGAGCAUGGCUAUCGUUAGUGGAGUGAGCGUUCUUGAAAAUCCCGUGGAAACUAUCGGGAUGAGCCACCAUGGUUUGCUGGGAGCUCAAGGGCGGUCUUUCAGCUUUGACGCCCGCGCUGAAGGCUAUGCUCGAGGCGAAGGCGUGGGCACAGUUGUAGUGAAGCCUUUAAGUGCUGCUAUCAGAGAUGGCGAUACGAUUCGCGCGGUUAUUCGGGAGACCGGAGUCAACCAGGAUGGCCGCACGCCAGGUAUUACGGUUCCCAGCGCCGAUGCUCAAGAACGAUUAAUCCGCGAGGUCUACGGGAGAGCCGGCUUGGAUCUUGAACACACAAGAUUUGUGGAAGCCCAUGGCACAGGAACGAGCACCGGUGACCCCAUUGAAGCGGGUGCUCUCGCGAGAGCAUUCAAAUGUCGCCGAGAGACUCCGCUGUACGUCGGGGCCAUCAAGUCUUCCAUUGGACAUUUGGAAGGUGGCUCAGGUGUGGCAAGUAUUAUCAAAUCGAUCCUUACCCUAGAGUCUGGGAUCAUACCUGCAAACUUUGAGAUGAAGGAGACAAAUCUGUCCAUUCCCGCAGCGGACUGGAACAUUGCAUUCCCCGUGGAGGCUCUUCCGUGGCCAUCGCCAGGGCCGCGAAGAGUGUCAGUCAAUUCAUUUGGCAUUGGUGGCACUAAUGCUCACUGCAUCCUUGAUGACGCUUACCACUUUCUCAAUGAUCGUCGUCUCACAGGUGCCCACCGCACCACAUCUACUGUUCCCACAACCCAGAAAAUUAAGAGCCGGCUCUUGGCUCUGUCCCGGUCAGAUAAUGAAUCAACUGAUGUUGUGGCGGAUUCAUUCGAUGACAGCGACCACUCUGGACAAGGGAACACAUUUGCGGACACACCCACGAGCGAUGGCUUUUGUGCAUCGCCCACAUUCACAUCCUCGACAUACAACAGCUUUGUCGAAAAGCCCAAGGUGUUCUUGCUCUCGGCGUUCGAUGAAGAUGGCGUCAAGCGGAACGCAGCUGAAUUCGCCAAGUACUUGAACCGGAGAACGACGCAGUCGAUUCUCCAUGAUCAUCUCCUUGAUGAUCUCUCAUUCACCCUGUCGAAGAAACGAUCACAAUUUCCCUGGAAGAGUUUUGUCAUGGCAUCCACGGUCAAAGAACUUGCAUGGAACCUGUCAGAAUCAAAUUUUGCAAAGCCAACCAGAACUGCCAGAGUGCCAGAGGUUGAAUUUGUUUUCACUGGCCAGGGAGCUCAAUACCAGGCCAUGGGCCGAGGCCUCAUGAUAUACCCCGUUUUUCAGGAGUCUGUGGAGGAAGCAUCGGAAUAUGUCCGCCGGCUCGGUAGUCCGUGGUCCCUACUUGAUGAACUCUUGACUGAAACACAGACACCUAGAGUCAACUUGCCUGAGAUCGCUCAUCCAUUGUGCACAGUCUUGCAAAUUGCGCUCGUAGAUCUCUUGGCUAGUUGGGAAAUCUUUCCAAAACGUGUAACUGGUCACUCAUCCGGCGAGAUAGCUGCCGCUUACUGCUCGGGCAAACUGUCUCGCGAAGGCGCCUGGAAGGUUGCAUACUAUCGUGGGUGCGUAUCAUCUAAGCAGCUUUCUGCAAAUGGAGCGAUGAUGGCCGUGGGUCUGGGUGCAUCACAACUGCAGCCCUAUCUAGACUCCGUGAAACAGGAUAACACCGGAGAGAUUAUCAUCGCCUGCCGCAACAGUCCCAAGAAUAACACUGUGUCUGGAGACGACGCUCUGAUUGACUCCCUCAAGUUUCUUCUUGAUGCCGAUAACAUCUUUGCUCGAAAGUUGAACGUCAAAAAUGCUUAUCACUCAGCCCACAUGCAUGCGAUUGCCCAGGAUUAUCUUCAUCUAAUGGGCACACUUCCUCAUGGAAGGAGGCUUGCAGCUCCCCACCAAGUGCAGAUGUUCUCCACAGUCACAGGAAAGCAAGUCAAAGAAGAAAUUUUGCCUGCUCAAUACUGGGUGGAUAACAUGGUCUCUCCUGUUCUUUUCAAAAGUGGUUUGGUUGCAAUGACCUCAAGACCAACUUACAGCAAUGGUUCGACGGACUCCACGGAUGGAGUGCGUCUCAUUGUGGAAAUAGGACCUCACUCAACUCUGCAGAGUGCCAUUAAAGAGACACUAGCUUCUGAGAGCCCCAAGUUGGAAUUCAAGUACCUGGCCGUUCUAAAACGGACAGAUCAUAGUCUGAACACUCUACUCACCACAGUUGGCUUUCUAGCUUCAAGUGGAUAUGAGCUGGAUUUUCAUGCUGUGAACCAAGCUUCUGGCUCCAAGGUAAAGAGACGGCCCAGACUUUUGGUGGACCUACCACCAUACAGCUUCAAGCAUACAGAGAAGAUUCUAUUUGAGAGUCGAUUGAGCAAGAACCUUCGAACCCGAAAGUUCCCUCGUCAUGACCUUUUUGGUGCACCAAUCACCGAUUGGAAUCCUACUGCUCCCAGAUGGAGACAUUUUGUCCGAUUGAACGAAAACCCCUGGUUAAGGGAUCAUAUGGUGACUGGUAACUACGUCUACCCUGGCGUGGGCUACCUGGUCAUGGCGAUUGAAGCAUCGAGGCAGCUGGCCGGUGAGACAAAGACCACUGGUUUCCAAUUACGCAAAGUCAACAUCCGAAGAGCCCUGAUUAUACCUGACAACAAAGAAGGAAUUGAAGUCUCCUUGGCAUUGUCAACUGUAGAAGACUCUUCAGCGUCGUCGCGAGUGUGGCGCCGGUUCCAGAUAACUUCGUACAAUGCCUCAAGCGACGAGUGGACAGAACAUUGCACUGGUUACAUCACCGUUGACCAUGGGGCAUUUUCUGACCGAGUGGACAAUGGCCGCGAAGCAGAAGAAGAAAGUCGAGCGUGGAGAUCAGAACUGAUCCGCGCAAAUGAGAUCUGUGCCAAAUCUGUGGCCUUCAAAUCCACAUACAACAACCUCCAAACAUCCGGCCUCAAUUUCGGUCCUUUGUUCCGGAAUCUUUCAGACGUUCAGGCAAGUGGACGCGGGCUUGGUAAGGUUGUUGGAUCAGUGACUGUUCCGGACAUUGCACAGUCUAUGCCAAAGCAGUAUCUACAUUCUCAUCUCAUCCACCCUGCCACAAUGGAUAGCAUGAUCCACUUGAUGAUCGCGGCUGUUCUCGACUUUACCAACAAGUCCACUCUGGAUCAGAUCAGAUUGCCAACUUUCAUACGCGAUGUCUGGGUUUCAGCAGAUCUGAAUUCAGCCCCCGCCCACAAAUUCACAGGACAUGCGACCGUGUCCAUGGUGGGUUCUGACAAAUUCGAAGGCCAAAUCCAGAUUCUGGACGAGGGAACAAAAAUCCAUCGCAUUCGCAUGGACGGCAUCGAGCUCACCCCGCUGGAAUCUGGUCUUGCUGAAAAUCGGGAGCGAAAACUGUGCAGCACGAUUGAAUACAAGCCUGAUGUCCAUUUCCUCGACUCAAAAUCGGCCUGUGCACUGACUUCUCUUCUUGAAGCUACCGAUGACACCGAAGCUCUGUAUUGGGUGAAGCGUCUUCAGCUUGCGACGAUGAUCUACGUCCUGGAUGCACUGGACGAGCUCAAGAACAUUGACAUGAUGAAACUUGAUUUGCACAUGCGAAGAUUCUUCAACUGGAUGAAGCAUAUGAAAGGCUUGCUCGAGCACAAUCAGAUCAUCCAUCUGCCUUACUGCGAAUUCGAAGAGGCAUUUCAAGAUGAGGCUUUCAAAGAAGCUAUUGGCAAAGAAAUUGAGGCUUACAGCGCCGAGGGUGCUAUCACAGCCCGAAUGGGCCGCAACAUUGCGCAGGUAUUGCGCCAGGAGACUGAUCCGCUACAUCUUAUGUUUGGUCAAGACGCCGUGAUGGAACAAGUGUACAAAGAAGGCCUCCAUUUGUAUAACUUGCCGCAGCACCUACAGAGCCACUUGUCUCUCCUCCGCCACCAGCACUCCGAGCUGAACAUCCUCGAGAUCGGUGGCGGCACCGGUAGCUUCACGGCUGAAGUCCUGGCCGUUCUUUCGCCAGGCCCUGCGAAAAGCAAAGGAAAAAUUGCCAGCUACACAUUCACCGACAUUUCGUCCGGCUUUUUCGAGAAGGCAAAACAACGUUUCCAACCCUGGUCUGACAUCAUGAACUUUCAAUCUCUCAACAUUGAGCGAAGCCCCGUCGAUCAGGGACUUCAGCUGGGGGCAUAUGACCUGAUAUUCGCUGGAAAUGUCAUCCACGCCACUGCAAAUCUACAGAACGCACUGCAGAACCUUCGGUCUCUGUUGAAGCCGGGUGGUCAGCUCAUCAUGCAGGAAGGUAUUCGACAGGAUUUCCUCUGGUACCCACUUGUUUUCGGUCAGCUUGCUGGAUGGUGGCUGGGCGAUGAGCCCUGUCGUCAGUGGUGUCCCUACAUCCCGGCCACGGAAUGGAAUUCUCUGCUGUUGAAAGCGGGAUUCUCGGGCGUUGAUGUCGAGUAUCCCAGUUCGAACGAUCCAGAUUUAACAUGGCAGAGUAUUCUGAUCUCCACUGCCAUCGAAACGCCAAAGGGGGAGUCAUCAGAUACUGCGAUCAUCUUGACGCUUGGUACAUUGAAAGCCGCGCAGGUCAUUGAAAUCCUUCAAGGGCUUCUGCCAGAACUGGGAUACACGACUGUCCUCGUAAAGGAGCCUGCAGAAGUGGAGAAUUACAUCUUGUCGAAUGCGAUUUGCAUCUCCCUGAUUGACUUGGAGUCUCCUUACCUAAUCUACUGUGGGUGA